CACCAAGUGAAGGAAGAAACAUGGCGGCCCACAUGACGCUAUCCCAGAUAUCAAAUGGAAACCCUGCCUAUGACAGUUACUACAGACAAGUGGAUCCUGCAAACACCGGGAAAGUUGGUGCUGCAGAGGCCGCCCAGUUCCUUAAAAAAUCUGGCCUCUCAGACAGCACUUUGGGAAAGAUUUGGGAAUUAUCAGACUCCGAUCAUAAGGGCUACUUGGACAAACGGGGUUUUUUUGUUGCCCUGAGAUUGGUGGCCUCUGCCCAGAGUGGCAAUGAUGUCAGCCAUAAGAGUCUAAACCACUCUGUCCCUGCUCCAAAGUUUAGGGACACAGGCAGUCCUUCCCUGAGUUCAGCUUCUUCUCUGGCCACAGACUCCAGCUGGGCUGUGAGGUCUGAUGAACGAGCCAAGUUUGAUGGGAUCUUCGAGAGCCUGGACCCACAGAAGGGCCUUCUCUCUGGGGACAAAGUGAAGCCGGUCCUCAUCAACUCCAAACUCCCCCUGGAUGUGCUUGGCAGAAUUUGGGACCUCAGUGAUGUCGACAAAGAUGGGCAUUUGGAUAAAGAGGAGUUCUCAGUGGCCAUGCACUUGGUGCACCGCGCCAUGGAGAAAGAGCCGGUGCCUGCCACCCUUCCCUCCUCUCUCAUCCCGCCGUCCAAACGCAAGAAGAGUGCCGGGUCGCUGCCAGGCUCGGUGGCCGUGCUGCCCUCCAGCCCCUUCAAGCUGAAGGAGGGUCUGGGCCUGCGCCCCACCACCGCCCCCCAGGGCAGGCAGAGCCCACUGGGCAUCAGCAGCAUCAGUAGCAGCAUCAGCAGCAGCAUCAGCAGCAGCACUGGGAGCUCCUUUAAGAGCAGCCAGCCGCCACAGGCUGUAGUAAACUGGGUGGUCCCGCUGGCCGACAGAGGGCGCUAUGAUGACAUCUUUGCGAAGGCUGACUCCGACAUGGACGGGCUGGUUGGGGGCGGUGAGGUCAAGGACAUCUUCAUGAACUCAGGACUGCCACAAGGCACACUUGCGCGCAUCUGGUCUCUGGCUGACACCAAACAGCAGGGCAAGCUGUCCAGGGAGCAGUUCUCUCUUGCCAUGUACCUCAUCCAGCAGAAGAUCACCAAAGGCCUCGAGCCCCCUCAAGUCCUCACCUCAGACAUGAUCCCCCCAUCAGAGAGGGGGACAUCAGGGCUUGGUUUCUAUGGCUUUACGGCUCCUCUUCUUACACCCCAAAGGGCUGUGUUAAACAGUCGCCGUGACACUGUCAGUAGCAGCUCAGUGGUGCCUGUGGAGCUCACUGGAACCAAAGAGCUGGAUGACAUCAUCCAGGAGAUCAACCAGUUGCAGAGGGAGAAGGUCACCCUGGAGCAGGAGAUCAGGGAGAUGGAGCAGACCUUGAGACACAAGAACAGUGAAGUGCAGGACAUGGCAGGGGAGCUGGAGCAGGAGAGCAGUGGUGUGCAGGAGCUGGAGGCCCAGCGGCAGGUGGCACAGGACCGGCUCCAGGACAUGGACCAGCAGAGGGCCAAGCUGGAGGACAAGAUCAACGACGCCAAGAGCAAGUACCAGAACGAGAGCCAGAAGGCGGCGUCGCUGCAGCUGGAGAUCAGCUCCCAGGAGCAGGAGGUGCAGAGCCAGGAGAAGGAGGCGAGCCGCACGCGCACGGACCUGUACUGCCUGGAGCAGGAGGAGGAGCAGCUGGAGGAGAGCAUCCGCGCCGGCCAGGCCAAGCUGCAGAGCAUCCUCAACCUGCUCAAGAGCUCUCAGGACGAGAUGGAGGAGGCAACUAGUGAGCUUGCCCAGAUCCAAAGCAGCCAGCAGGAGCUGACCAAGACCAUAGAGGAGUACAGCAAGGCCUUGAGUGGAAGUCUUAGUGACCUGUCCCGCUUCCCUGAGUUAAACGACCCCCAGCCCAACAACAGGCCCCUGGAUCGCCUCAAUGGUGGCCACGAAGGCAAGGAGAGCAGCUCCAGCUCCAGCUCCUUGCGGUCUAGAAUAGCCAUGUUCAGCAACACUGCCAAAGAAACCCCAGCAGAUCCCUUCAAGUCCGAGGACCCCUUUAAAUCAGACCCCUUUCAAGAUCCUUUUGGAGCGGAUCCGUUCAAAGAGAGCGACCCUUUCAAAUCCGCCGAUCCCUUUGCGUCUGCGGACCCCUUUGGGAAGAGUUCCACAAAGACCAACUUAUCCCGAGGUGGCAGCCCUUUCGCCCAGUCCAGCGCAAAGCCCUCAGAUCCGUUUGGAACAGAGGACCCCUUUGCUGACAGUGCCUUUGGAGGCCAGAGUGGCUUUGCCGACUUUGGGCAAAUGUCAAAGAACUUCUCUGGAUCGGCGUUUGAGAGAAGGCCUUCCCAUCCUCCUAAGAAAACUCCUCCUCCUAAGCCAGCCCCUCCUCCCUAUAGUUCCAGUCAGGGUGCACCGGGACACUCCUUGGGGCCGGCCGGUCACGGCGUGAGUAGAGGCCAGAGAGGCCCACCCGCCUCUUUGGCCAAUAUUGCUGCCUUUGGAAGUGAGGCGGAGCAGCUGGAGUGGGCCAAGCGGGAGAGCGAGCGGGCGGAGCAGGAGCGGCUGAGGAGACUCCGGCAGCAGGAGCAGGAGGACCUGGAGCUGGCCAUCGCCCUCAGCAAAACACUCACCUGAACACACACACACACACACACACACACACACACACACUUUCCCUGCACAUGCCCCCCCUCACACACACACACACAGACACACACACACACACACACACACACACACAGCUUCUUUUGCCUUUACCUGAACAUGGUGCUUUCCCCUUAACCCUCCCCUCCUUUUUCUGGAGGCUCGAGCGUGGUCCCAACACUCACCUAGACCUUUUUCCUCUGACUUGACGUCGUCCUACAGCACACACCUGGAGGAGCUUCUCAAAUGUGUUGUCCCUGUAGGCUUCUCCUGAAGAUGUUCACAAUAUUCAUUUGAUGCUCCCCUUUUCCAGAACAGACUGAUAACAUGGUGUGUAGAAUGCUCCCCUUAACACCCUGUGCUGGACAUUUUCAUAACUUGUGGAACUGCUCUGCAUAGUCUAACGUCACCCGAGGACACUCAGGACACACUCACUUGAACUGACCCUGCUCCACAGUUUGAGAUGGUCAGCGAAGCCUCCCUCUUGGCACAUUUGAAAUGUUCAGCCUGCAAAUCGGUGUGAACACUAUCCCCCCCAAAAUAAUUCCAUGUCCCAGAUACCAAAAUGCACUCGAAUGAGGUCCCAGUCGCACAUUGACCCCCCUCUUGACCAAAUACGUCUUCAGAAUUGUCCCACUCCCCUGUCAGCAGACAGCAUUCUGGACACACCACCCCACCCUCUCCCAGAACUCCACUGGUGAAAUCCCAUAAUGAUGAGCUCAGUCAUGCUUUCUCCUCUCUUUCCGCUCUUCUCCUCCUCUUCUCUCUUUCCUCUCUUCUCCUCUUCUCUCUCCUCUCUUCUCCUCUUCUCUCUUUCCUCUCUUCUCCUCUUCUCCUCCUCUCUCUCCUCUCUUCUCUUCCUCUUUCUCGUCCCCUGAAGCUGCUCUGCGGCUGUCGGUUCGCUUUAGGGCAACAGGAACAGCCAUAAAGGUCUCGGUUAUGUAUGUAUAUAUAUGGACUAUGGAGCAUAUGAAGUAAUUAUGAAUGCACUGUAGAAAAGUAGGCUAACGAUUGUUCUAGAGCUUCCUGCCACUUUAGUCUGUUAGAACAUCUUAAAUUGUACUCAUUAAAGCGUUAGGAUUCCUUUUGUAGACUGUUGAUGGUAGCUAUUCAAAUGGUUGGAAAGCUUUUCAGUUUCCUAAUGUAAAAAAGGUAUCCAGUGAUUGACUUUAUGGAGUUUUUUUUACUUUAUGGAGUUUUAUUUAAAUCUCUACAAUAUUUAUGUAUUGCCUCUAAACCUAAAAUUGUUCCACUGUGGUUUCUGGACGUGUGAGGAUGUGUGUCUAUAAACUGUCCUUUUUGCAAACUUGUCUUAGUUCAUGUUUCAAAUACCAAAAUAAUGCAUUGACCUGUUAUGAAAUGAGUUGCAUCUGCUGUGACACUGUCAUUUCAGACUUUGUUUUAAAAUGUUAAGUCGUCAAAAGAUUAAAAAAGAAAAAAAAAGCAAGAAAAGUAAGAACUCCUCUACCUAGUUGCUGAGGUACAACAAACUCAAAGGGAUGCAUAAUAAGCAUUAUGGGACACCUCUUCAAGCCUUAUAUUGUAUGUGUGUCCUGUAUGUUAUACUGCAUGGUUAUGUAACCGCAGAUGCUUUAAAGAUAUAUUUGAAGGGCUCUUCUUUCCUCUCCAAUGUUUUGCACUGUGGAGUACAGCUGUGGUGCCAAUGAGCAGUAAUCUGCCAAUGGAGGUCAUCAGGAAUGUAACGUAAUGUGGUGUGAUGUGAUGCUGUUUUUGGCAGACUUUCAAGCGCAUUUUGUUAAAUGUAGGCUGCUGAAGUUUUUUUUUAUUUUAUUUUUUUUGGCCUCCAUGUAAUAACUUGCGCCAGCUCAUCAGGCCCCAAAGACUUUGAUCUGCCAGUGAUUUCAAAUAAACAAAUAAACAAACAAAUAAAUAAAUAAAUGCAUAAUCCUAAUGAAAUUCUAAUGAAGUCUAAAUAUGGAAAUCAGGGACAUGAAACUUUUUGACUUUUGAAACAUUUUCUCUGUUUUCCUUUCAAGAGUGUCUAAUUUUCGGUUGCUUGGUGUACUUGGUUUGUUUUUUUGUCUGCUCCCUUAUGAGUCCGGUUUUUGAUGUUUUUGGUUAACACUACUUCCUGUUACCAGAUGUUUUUUGUUUACCUUUUUGUCUUCUGAGUCUAUUUUCUGUUUUGAUAUUUCUGUUGUAAUAUUAGGUGCCUUUUAAGACAUCUAGACCUGCACUGUACUGUAAGGAGGAGAGGGUGGAUUAGACAGCGGUCUGUGAUUUAGGAGAACAUUUUAUCUGCCGUGCCUACCUGGAGUUAUGCUGUUUGACUCAUUAUAGCAUGUUUGCAACUGUUACCAUUGUUAUAUAACUCCGAUGAAUCAGAAAUUAUGUAACCCUGUAUAACAUAGCAUGCCUCGUGAGAUGUACCUUCACACUGGCAGUCUCUGGUUCUCUUCUUCUCUGGAAGAAGUCAUUGCUUCUGUCAGUUACAUCUUGAUUAGCUGAUCUGAGCGAUGUCUGUUCCCAGGCUUGAAUGCAGACGGUCAUAAUACUCUUAGUUAUUUCAGACUUGUACAAAGGUCACACCUUUUGUUAAGCAAACUGUCAACAAUACUGUCCAACUGUCCUAUCACACAGUUUGUGUUGUUUUCACUGCCCUCAGCGCCCUAUGGCGCCCUCUAGCAGUGGCUCUCAUGAACUGGAGGCUGCGAGUGGUGAAAGUAAAUCCCGCUGUUUCAGUGCAAUAGUCAUUCCGAAAAGAAACGCAAACACAUGCAUGUCUCUGAUGGGGUUUCUUGUCAAGUGAUUUGGAUUGUACUAGGACUUCACAUUAUACAAUACAAUACAAUAUAAUGCAUACAAUAAA